AUGCAUGUUCAGCAGUUCUUCCUUUUCGGCGUCGCUCUUCUCGAGCUGCUGUCCGUCAUCAUCAUCGUCGUCCUCAACGCGGCGGGACAGAAUUCAGACAAUUUCGACGUGUCAGCACCUGACAUGUACCUGCUGACUUGGACAAAAGACGUCUUAUACGAAACAGACAACGACAACCAGACAGAGACGUUUUCCGUUUACUGGUAUCUCAACCAUUUGUGCAUACGAAAUGGUACCGGCCAUCUCCAUCCUAUUUCCCGUAAUUUGGGCACCAACUUCAACUGGCGGCAGAUUGACAACCAAAUCAUCGAUUACUUGCACAGCAGAGACCAUUCACCAAAUUCAAAUUCUUGCGGCGCUUUGCCUGCUCAUACACCCAUAAACUCUACCGUUGGCGGCUUCAACAGCACAUCUGGCACAAGCGGCUCUGGCACCUCGGCAUCCUCCGGCAACGCCACAACAACUGACUGCAGACUCCCCACGACCGUCAAGGUCACUGAUGCACCUCCACAACUCAGCGGCCAGCCAGCCUUUGGCAGUGUUUCGUUCGUCUUUUAUAUUCUGGACAUCGCCGUCACUCUUCUGGCCUGGCCACUGCUUUUGUUCCUGAACGGUACCAAGCUCUGGCAAAAGCGUGGUCGCAUAGCCAUGGCCUGUACAAAAGCCUUCGCCACGACGACUAAUCUGAUUGCAGUCGGCCUGCUUAUUAGCGGCGUGUCCUGGGUUGUCAAGCACACAUCCAAGGAUGGAGCCUCUGCCGAUUCCUUUCUCCAACCAGACAAUUCGUCGACCCUGCCCACGGCAUCUGAUAUGUACCCCUUGGCCAACAACAUCUUGAUAUCUCGCGCCGAGCUGAACGACACGGCGCUCGCCAACUCGACCAUGCCGGUGAUCAGCCCGGGGCCGGCUGCAUCGAGUCUCGUCUGGGUUUCUGUGACAAGCCAACGGCCUGGGUCAUUGCCCGUCUACCGCCCACGCGAUGGCAAUGCACGUCACCGCGGGGAGGACGGGGAAGAAUACGAAGACUUGCCGCCGUACCAGAGAGAAGACCCUCUCGGCCGUCCACCAAGUAUACCAGGCUAUACAAUCAGCAACGGAUGCACAGUCACAUACACAACCGCACCCACUGCAGCCGACGAUAUCCCUUUGCACCGUGUUGCCAGCAGUGACGCGUCGGGGUCAAGCCAGACCCUCGCACCGGGCCAUGCCGAUCACUCUGGUCGUCGAAGCCCGAGUCCCGAUUACGAGGAGGUAGUCGGCGUCGAGCCAAUAUCGCUUCUCUCCAGCGAUGGUGCAGCCACACAGCAGCACGAGCCUGGUGCCGUGUUGGUUGUAGACACGCGCCAGGGUAUAAGCAGCGGCAGCAGUCGCCGAGCCAGUCACGAGAGCGUUGAGCGCCCUGUAUCGCCAGACGUUGCAUCAGCCAGCAUCAAUGAUCUGUUACUCGAUGUGGCACUGUCGUCAUCGCCCACGCGGAGCGAAGGUACUGAGCCAACCGCUGGCCCGGUCUUAACAAACAACGCAGCCUCAUUGGCUCCGUCAGUCGCUGUAGAGACGGAUCGAUGA